GAUCAAACAUGGGGUCAACUUUCCAGGCGUGCCCGACAUCAUAUGAUUAUGAUGCACCGCUGUCUGAGGCAGGAGAUCCAACUGAGAAGUAUUGGGUUAUUAGGAAUAUUACUCAAAAGGUGACAGUGCAAGGCUUUCUUGUCUUUAUUAUUACUUUAGUUUAUCAGGGUCUUAAAAAAUUAUUCUUAUAAGAAAAAGCAAUUAAUCAAAUGGUCAACUAAUUAGACUGAAUUAAGUAGCAGUACAGUAACUUCAAAGUGUCUCACCUGUAUAAACUGUGCACUAAUUAAUGAAACUUGGGAGCAAGUUUUUUCACAUUCUUUAUUACAUCUUACCUGGA